AUGUCCCAUAAUGUACAGGAGAUGGGGCCAGUCGGUCGAAAGAGGAGCCACGAUGAGUUUGAAGCGGAUUUCGUGAAGAUUGAUGAUGCCCCUGAUGCGAAGACACCCAAGUCCAAGAUAAAUUCCAUUCGGCCGUCGGGUGACAGCUUGCUUCCUCCCCAAGUUCAAACCGAACUUCACUCAUCACCAGGCGGUUCACCAGCGCUUACCGAGGCCGGAAGCAGUACUCCUGCCCGGAAUUCACCUUCUCCUCUUACUCCGACCAAGACACCGUCAGGGCAGGAACCCAGCGACCAAACCAACUCAGACAAGAUGGCGGCUUCGGGCAAAGGUGCUGCGCCGAAACGAAAGCGUCUUACGGCUGGAGAAAAGGAAGCUAAGGAUAAGGAGCUAGCCGAGAAGAAAAAAGAGCGGGAAGAGCAGGCGGCUAAAAAGGCAGCAGACAAAGCCAAACAAGACGAGGAGAAGGCUGCUCGCGCCAAGGAGCGGGAAGAGAAACGGAAACAAAAAGAAGAAGAGGAUCGACUCAAAGCUGAACAACGUGACGAAAAGAAGCGGAAGAAGGAAGAAGAGCAACGCCGUAUCCAGGAAGAAAAAGACAGAAAGGCCCGGAGUCAGCCGAAACUUAAUGCGUUUUUCAAGAUGCCCGGCACGCCAAAGAAGUCUGCCAAUGAUGGUUUCUCCGCUGACGGCAGCCCUGCAAAAGCUGAAGACGGCGAGGGCUCUGUUAAGCAAGUUGAGACGGAGUAUGAAAGGCUGUUCAAACCAUUCUUCUUGCGAGAAAAUACCCGAUUGGCUGCCUCAGCGACACAGAUGGAUGACGAGACCAAGGCGGCUAAAUCCCGAAUUCUCGAUGGUUUUAUAACAUGCCAACGAUUGUCGGAAAAUCAGGAGAGCCAAGGAUUUGACCCAUUGGAGCUGCUCUGUCUUGCCAGGCGAGUGCCUAAACGCGGCCGCGUCCACCACCCCGUCAAGCAUAUCAUGGAAACAGCCUAUCGGGAGUCAGAGAACACAAAUGCGGCGGGCGGCGCUGGCGUCAACGACAUAUACCAGGAGGCACGGAAGAAGUUGGCAGAAAUUCCUCAAAAGGUGAUAGCCUUUUCUCAAGAUGUGAGGCCCCCGUACUAUGGCACAAUCACCUUGAAACCAUAUGCCCUGGGCCGUGACGCAAUGAAUAGCCUUGCCCGCAAACCCAUGGGGCGACGACUGCCACUGGAUUACGAUUAUGAUUCGGAAGCUGAGUGGCAGGAAGACGAGGGCGAAGACAUCGACAUGGAGGAUGAUGAGGAGGAGCUCGAUGAGGAAGACGAUAUGGAUGGAUUUUUGGACGACGCCGAUGAUGCCGGGCUCUCUAGACGCGUAUUUGGGAACACGAUGGAGCCUGAGUCUACCGGCGUCUGCUAUGAGAAUCACCACCGGCUUGGCCCGAAUAGAACCGUGUAUGAGCACAAGAUGGAAUUUAUUCAUGAAGGCUUGCAACAAACCUGGGGUAUUGAUCCAUUCUCUACUCAGUAUUGGGAACCAGAAGUGAAGAAGCAGCCGGCCAAGUCAGCGAAUUCGGCACCCGAGACUUGCAUUAAAAUGCCACCACCACCCGCACCAGCAAAUGCCUUUGCCGCUUUAGGGUCUGCCGCCACCAAUGCAUCAACAGCUGUGAAGCUGGUCAAGCCCGAGCUUCUGAACGAUUUCAAGCGAGCCAUACUCGAUAACAAGGCAUUAUCCAAGGUCGGUAUCAUCGACUUUAUCUUCCAUCAGUUCCGCGACAAUGUGUCACGCGCUGAAGUGAAGAAUACUCUAGAGCAUGUGGCUGAGAAGAAGGGCGCUGGUCGAUCGAAAGAAUGGGACCUCAAACCAGGCCACGAGAUUGCGCUGUGA